UCCUCUCACGUACCAGCAGAGUGCUGAGCUGGACCUGGAUACAGCCUCAGCUCAGCAUCUCUCCAGACAGCCACAUAAAUAAGAAGAUAACAUAAUGAUACGGUUUUUUCUCCUCUUGCUCUUGUAACUCCUACUUUCAUCCCCCGCCUUCAGAAAAGUGCAUUCCCUUUUUUUUUUCUCUGUCUCGCUGCAGCACUAAAAGUUACCUGCGCUGAAGGAGGGCGUCCCCAGAGUGCAGAGCUACGGAUGGAGCUCUGAGUUCUUUUUUUUUUUCUUUAAGUAUUAUUAUUAAUCUGUACCCCACAACAAACUGAGAGCCCUGGGAUACCCGCAGACUGACGGUGUCGUGGCGCUUAACCGGAGCUUUGGGGCAAAUGCCACUGCGAUGCUGUGGAUGUGACUUCAAACAAGAGCUUCUCAACGGCACAGUCCUGUAAAGCACAAUGAAAGACGACUUCGCUGAUGAGGAGGAGGUGCAGUCCUUUGGAUAUAAGAGGUUUGGGAUUCAGGAGGGUACAGAGUGCACCAAGUGUAAAAAUGACUGGGCACUGAGGGCAGCCAUUGCACUCCUCUAUGUGCUCUGUGCUCUGCUCACCAUAGCAGUGGCUGUCCUUGGGUACAAAGUGGUCCAGAGAAUGGACAGUGUCACAGAGGGCAUGCAGAAUUAUGGAGGCAAGAUCAAUGCUGUGGAAACAGACUUAAAGAAACUAGAUGAUCAGGCAGGAGUGAAAUCAGUUAAUGCCACCAGUGAAAUAAAGACUUUUAAGUCAGAUCUGGAGGCACUGCAGAGUCAGAUGAACGACAUCGCCCUCAGAGCAACCAGCAACAGCGACACACUGGAGGAACUUCGGAUCACCGGAGAUGACAUGCAAAAUGGCCAUGUCUCCCUGCAGAGUUUUCUGGAAGGCAACGCUGCUUCACUGCGUGGAGUCAACCAGACCUUGGCCUCCUACAGUGGGAUGAUAGAUGAUCUCCAGACAGAGACUGCACGGCUCCAGUCAGAGAUUCAGGGCCAGGUCAAAGUGCAGAGCCAGACCCAGGUUGAUAUCAGUGCACUAAACAUCACCCAGGCCCAGCAGCGCAAUGUGCUCAGCACACUGCAGAAGACAGUUGAAGACGCAGGCCAGGCAGUUCAGAAACUGAAAAAUGACUAUCAGGUUCUGCAGCAAACGGCCAGACAGACACGGGCUGACACAGAUUGGUUAAAAGAGAAGGUCCAGAACCUUCAGGUUUUGGCAGCCAACAACUCAGCCCUGGCCAGGUCCAAUGGGGAAGCUCUGGAUGACCUGGGAGCUCAGCUCAGUACUCUAGCCAGCCAAAUCCAGAACACCUCAGCCCUUACUGAGGGACAUGACCAGAGCUUGCGGGAGCUGAUGGACCACCAGAGAGACCACGAUAAUGCAACCUCAUCUAAAUUUGAUGACAUGGAAGCACGACUAGACAGGCACGAGAAUGACAUGGACCGUGUCACUGGAAAUGUGAGCUUCGCUGCACAGAUUCUAGGUGUCAUCAGCUCCGACUUAAAUGGUCUGAGGUCCUGUGCUGAGACAGUGAUGCGACAUUCAGACGUGCUACUGGGGCUGAAUAAUAGUGUGACGGAGGUCAAGGCAGACAGCAAAGAGCUGCACAGCCAGCAGGAUGAGCUGGCAGCCAGGCUGGACAGAGAGGUCAACAACCUGUCGAUGGUGAUGGAGGAGAUGAAGCUGGUGGACAGCAAGCACUCACAGCUCAUCACCAACUUCACUAUCCUGCAGGGUCCACCUGGUCCAAGAGGUCCCAGGGGAGACAAAGGUCCUCAGGGGCAAGUGGGUCAGCCAGGACAAAAGGGUGAUAAAGGAGACAAAGGGAUGCCAGGAUUGGUAGGAGCUAAGGGAGAAAGAGGUGCUGCUGGACCACCAGGUGCGGCUGGUCCAAAAGGUUCUGUCGGUGCUCGGGGUUUACAAGGAGCUAAAGGAUCAAGAGGGUCUGGAGGCCGUCCUGGAAACCCUGGUGAGAAAGGUGACCCUGGGGUUCCAGGGAUUCCCGGCUUGGUUGGCCAGCCAGGGUUACCGGGGCCACAAGGGCCACAAGGGGCCAGAGGAGCAGCAGGGCCAGCAGGUUUAGAGGGGCCUCGUGGGCCUGUUGGACCCAUCGGCCCUCCUGGUCCUCCAGGACUGCCAGGAAAACCACCUCAUGUAAUUGUAAACCCACCUCUGCCCACUCUGGCCCCUCAGGUCCCUGAACCCCCCAAACCAUCUCAGCCUCCUAAACCCUCAGAGGAACCACAAGGUUCCGUCUCCCGGCAAGUCCAGCCUCCUCCAGCCACCACCCCAGAGCCAGGUUGUCCUCCAGAGUUCAAGAAAUCUGGAGACAGCUGCUAUUAUUUCUCCUCUGGUUCUCAGAGACUCAACUUUGAUGAGGCCAACCAGUUUUGUACUAAUAUAUCAUCUCAUAUGCUCAUUAUCAAUGACAAUGAGGAACAGCUAUUUGUGAGAAAUGCCAUCGCAGGAAAAGGUUAUUUCUGGCUGGGACUUACGGACAGGGAGGAGGAAAACGUCUGGAAGUGGGUGGAUGGAACCAUACCUGUUUUUAAGAAGUGGAAGCCUGGACAGCCUGAUAAUUGGACCCAUGGUCAUGAAGACGGUGAAGACUGUGCUGGCCUGAUCCAUAAUGCCAACUGGAAUGAUUUCUACUGCACUGACCGCAUCGGAUUCAUCUGUGAACGUGCCGUUGACUUGAAAGUACCAGUUUUAUAGCAUCCGACUAUGACAGUGUGAGCGAUCUCUGGGAGAAAGGUGAAGCAGAUGAAAAUGAGGCUGAAGAUGAGAAGAUAAUGAAGGACAUGAGGAGGAGCUCUGGAUGAUCAAAGGACUCUGAUAAAGCCAGUUCACUCAAGAGUCACUGACCCUUGGACUGAUAUUUGCCUUUAAAGGCACUUUAAAAAAGUAAAAUACAGAGCAAGCACAGAGACACCACACUAUUGUAUUGAUUUAGAAUUUGUACUGAAGGAAAAAUAAGAUUGUAGUCAUUUAUUUAGGCUAUGCUAAGUCAUUAUUUGGUGCAGCCACUGUUGUACAUGUGUAUCUGUAAAUAAUAUUUUACAAAAGACACAUUGUUGGUUAAGAUUGAAUUUCAUUUCUUGACUGAUUUCUGACUCUUUACACUUACAGAAAAAUCUGUAUCAGAGGAUUAUCUUGUUAUUAAAGUGGAACUAUGCUUUUUUCUGUAUGAUACAUCACAGAUCCAGAACUAUGAUUAGAAAACACAAAAAUGAUGAGCACUCACUCACUAUCAGCAAAUGACUGCAACCUAACAUAAUUAAUAGAAGUAAAGCUAGAGUCAAUUUCACCUUUCUAAAAUGCAAACAACAUUUUAAUUUUUUAUUUUUUUUGAGAAUAGAUGCUCAGCGAGAGCGGUGGUACUGUUGUUGAGGACGGUAUUUUUUAGACUAUAGGCUGCCAGUAUGAGUUUUAUAUGAAUUAUAUAUUAACGAUAUGUAAAUGUUUUGUAAUGUAUCCAUUAUAAGAUGAUUUAUUCUCAAACACAGUGUGUGAAACAUGUUAAUUUGCAUAAUCAGUUGUUAUUGUUGUAUGAUUGACCUUUACCAAGUCAUGUAAUGCUUAAGGACUGAAUAGUAGUUUGUAAUCUGGCUUAAGGUUCAUUUUGCCUUCAUUAAAUCACUGAGUUCCUAUGGAUCAGGCCAGGACACUUACCACAAUAAAAUGUGAAAGAAAGUG